GAGCGCUGAGGCCCGAGACCCCUCUUUCCAGGGGGUGACCCUCUGCAUGUGCCUGUGUCUUUGCCAAGGCAGCUCCGAUGGGUACCAGCUCCUCAUCCGCCCCCAGUACAGCAGUGCAACAUGUGGGAAAAGAAGCCGUAACCCAAAUCCAAGUCACGUCUCUUUAACAAGAGAAUUUUGCAGAGCCAGCAGUUCUGAGGAGGAUCAAGGCUCCCUCUCUGUCCAGAGUGGUAAGUGUUGUGCUUCCUGCCAGACGAGGAAAACUCCCCUGUGGAGGAUUGCUGAGGACGGCACCCUACUCUGCAAUGCUUGUGGCAUCAGGUACAAAAAGUACAGGAUACGAUGUUUCCGCUGCUGGAAUAUCCCGAAGAAAAGUGGCAAACCUUACUCCCGCUGCUCGAACUGUGGAGACAGACUGCGCAUGGCCGCGACCCAGCAGAGAACCGUGAAAAGAAAAUGCGACGACUUCCUUAAAUCUCAAGCAAGGGCUCUUUGCUAUUAGCCGGACAGCGGGCUCUGGUACCUGCUGGAGUGAGCAGGGGACCAGCGCUGCCCUGCGGGCUGAACGGAGGGAUGCGAGAAGCGUUGGCUCAGUCGGACCAGUUGUUGCGUUUCCCCCUUCCUCUCGUGUUGUUGUGUUCUGUAAAAUUAACGUUCACUCCUGCCUUUGGUUUGUGCGAAGUGGACGGGAAAAUGAACCCAGGUUUUUGCACAGGUGAAGUUGUUACAGAGCCUGAAUGAGGGGUGGGAAAAUAAGAGUUGGAAUCUUAAGCUUGCUCCUGGCUCGCUGGGUGGGUGUGAGUGUGGGUGGCUGCUUGUUCAGACCCCAGGAUACACUGGCCU